CUACCAAGUACAACAUAUGACCUUCCUUGUCCUUCAGAGAGGAAUGUUGAUCUUACUAGAAAAAUACCUCUAAAAAAUCCAAAACAACCGAUUACCGUGACCACUAUUUGGAUUUUCUACUUUCGAUGAUUUAUUUGGUGGAACUGAAAAAUUAAAACCAGUUCUAAAAAAAAGUGCCAAGUGAGGUUGCAGCAAUUCAUGAACAAAGCAGUAUUGAAGUUUGUGGGACAGUCAAAGAAAUACCAUCUACUAUCAAACGAAUGGACAGUUUAAUGUCACAAGAUUUCUACACAACAUUAUAUACAAGCUUGGAAGGAUCCAAUACAUUUGCAGAAUUUAGAAUUAAAUUUGGUGGAGCACUUAGACAUAAUUAUUUCAGUUGUUGUCGUUUUGAUGACAUCAUUUUCGUUGGUUCCUAUGUUAUAUUUAGAAUGUUCCUCGUGAGUGCAGGAACGUACAAUUAUUCGUCGUGUACAUCAGACAUAUUAACCAACAUUUACUUAAUCACGGACGGGGUUCUAUCGGUGUUUGUCUUCCCUGUUCUUGUUCUCCACUGGAAAGAAAGAGUUGGUGGUUGUGUAAAUGGGUCUUCCAAAGUUGAUCCAGGAACAUUUUGGUAUUUUGUUUUGGUGGUGAGGAUCAUGUCCUCUACAUUAGGUGCUGUGAUGUUGUAUUAUAAUGUCAACAGGAUUCCAGAGUUUAAAUGUCAAGUAGGCUAUUAUUUGUCAUUUACCACUAUCAUCCUCGAGUGGAGUUUUCUACUACUAGCAAUACUCCUUCCGCUGAUGUUAUACAGUAUCGCUUAUUUCUGUGCACCUGCUUACAAUACACACAGCAGACUUGAUGGAAAUGAUAACUAG